UCAGAUACUUUCCCAGACAUGAAUGCCUCCGUCGGCCUAUCAGACCCUACGAAUGCUCAGGAUCGUCGAGCUCUGCUAGAUCUACUCAACCGUCUUCGUAAUACAGGCGUGCAGAAGGAUAUCGACCUGCCGAUGAUUGCUGUUAUCGGCAACCAAAGCGCGGGGAAGUCCUCGUUAAUCGAGUCGAUCUCAGGGCUCACACUGCCGCGAUCGUCGGGCACUUGCACAAGGCAAGUACCUCAUUUGAUCCGCAGGUGCCCAACUGAAUGUAGGCUAACGCAUACAGACUCUGAAUGGACUUGCAUCGUAAGGCUUCACUUAAACACGGAUGAACGUGGUUCUCCUAUAAAGCCUCGGGUUGUCCCUUUCGGAGAAGCUUUGACUAGUAAAGCCGAAGUGGAGGAAAGGAUUAGACGUGCACAAAGGGCCAUCCUGAAUCCGAAAACAGAUCCCGACGAUUUCUUACGCGGUGCGACCGUAGAUGAGAACGAAACAUCGUUCUCGCGCAACUAUGUUUCGUUAGACAUCAGCGGUCGGGAUCUAGCAGAUUUAUCUUUUGUAGAUCUUCCCGGGCUUAUCGCGAGCGUGGGGCAAUCAGGACGUGUGCACGAUAUAGAGUUGGUGAAAAAUCUCGUCGUUUCGUACAUCGAGCGAGCGAGUUGUCUCAUACUGCUGACAGUUGCCUGUGAAACCGACUUCGAAAACCAAGGCGCACACCAUCUUGCCAAGCAGCAUGAUCCUGAGGGGAGACGGACUGUUGGCAACCACUACACAGGUGUACUUACGAAGCCCGAUCGCAUUCCAUACGGCGAGGAAGAGUCAUGGGCCAGACUCAUCCGGAAUGAAGUGGAGCCACUGGCCAAUAAUUGGUAUUGCGUAAAGCAGCCUGGCUCGAGUGAUCUCGCACAGGGUAUAACCUGGGCGGAGGCACGUGCUCAAGAAGAUUGUUUCUUCGCUGGCACCCCGCCAUGGUGUGAUCUUGAAGAUCAUUUCCAGUCGUUCCUCCGCACCAGCAAGCUUACAGAACGAUUGAGUAACAUCCUAGCGGAACUCAUAUCUAGAAGAUUACCGGAGAUACAAGACGAGCUGUACAGGGUUCUGCAACACGCAGAAAAGGACCUUGCGGACCUUCCGCCAGUGCCACCAUCCGAUCCUGUAAGCGAAGCCCUUCGUAUCCUUAGCGAGUUCCGCAAAGAACUCUCCGAUCGGAUUGAGGGUACACCUGAAGAAAAUGGGCUCUUGCAGAAGAUAAGAGUUCACACUGCAAGAUUCAAGCGCGAGAUACGAGCAACCGCUCCCAGCUUUAUACCAUGGGUGCGGCAGGAGGCACAUCAGCACCGGCUUCCCCCAACAUCAUUUCUAGACAACGAGGAGAAGCCUCUCACGGGAGGCAAUGAUCAACAAGUCGCAAUCACCUCGAAGAAUAUAUACAUUGAAGAAGUCAUGGAAAGAGCGGAAAUUUCGCGCACACGAGAGCUGCCCGAUCAUACUCCCUUUGUCGUUCAGCAUAAUUACAUUACAGAAUAUGUAGAGAAGUGGAAGAGACCGGCAACGAUCAUGUUCGAUGCCGUCUACGAUGUUCUUAAGAAAGACCUGGAGAACACGGUUGACAAGCAUUUCAAGCACAUAGGCCGGGGUGGCGCACAUCAGUCCGUAUUGAUGAUAAUACAAGAUCAUCUCGAUCAGGUAGCGGCGCGGACGAAGGACAGGAUCGAAUGGCUCGUAAAGCUGGAGAACGACCCCCAAACAAUAAACACCGAUUACUAUCUUCACUAUCGAGACAAAUUUGCGGGGUAUUACAGGUCUUGCCGUCACAGCGACGAUUUGCCAUCGAAGUUGUGGGCGAAUAACAACCCGGAAGUUAACCGAGUCAUGGCGGGACUUGCACAACUUGGGAUCAGUACACGUGUCGAUGCCCUACCCAAACUACUCCCUUCCGAUCCAAUGCAGACAGGGUUAGAUAUCAUGGCGAGUGUGCGUGCGUAUUUCCAAGUAUCAUACAAACGUUUCGUCGAUGGGGUAUGCAUGUCCGUCGAUCACGAGGCUGUUCGCGGACUAGAACGUGGUCUUGAUCGAGCUCUGUGGGAUGGUCUAGAAGUUACGGGCCCAGGGGCCCAGGAACGCUGCGCAGCGAUGUUCCAGGAGCCUGCUUCGACCGCAGGGCGGAGGCAAGAAUUGAUGAGAAAGAUUGACAGGUUGGCGGCAGCCAAAACGGAACUCCGCCAACUGAGUGUUUAAAGUCGUGCGCCUUCAGAUGGAGCUACGCCUAUGUUCUUCCCCCG